AUGCGUUCUUUCUCUGGCUGGGGUUCUCGGGAAUGUUGCUAUUCUCAGAGGUCAAUAUUUCGGCACUUUGAGACAUCACCGCGAGACAAGAACAAGGACGUGAGCGUCUCCCAACACCAAGAUCAACACGUCUUCCAGGAUGACCAUGUGUGGCUUCAUGUGCCCGCUGAGCUUCGGUUUAUACACGUCAAAGACCCUUAUGCACAGCAAGACGAGCCUCCCCUACGGCUUGGGGAUGCUCAGGAAGCAGAACCGGAAUCGGUUCCGGUUCUUGACUUUCAUGGAGUCAUUCUUGACUCACCUGUAGAAGUAUGCGUCUCAACUCCAACAGUUGAACCUCAAGAUUAUCCCGAACAGCCACAAACACCAGAUAUAGACGAGCCAGCAUCAAAAUCAAACUUGACAGCAUUACACUUGCUAAGGCAUUUCAAGCAAGGUCCUGGCCAAUGGAUGGACAUAUUUGACACGGGAUCUUACUUCUCGUGCAAAGUCCCAGUCAUAGCAGCCACAAAGCCCCUCCUUAAAUCAGCAGUCUGCGCAGUCUCGGCCAAGCAUCUCGAUCGUCUCUGUCGAGCCGAGACUUCUUCUGAAAACAGCUUUUAUGCAUCCCGUUACGCUGUUGACUGGCAGUACCAGUCCGCAAAGCAUUAUGGCGAAGCUAUCAAUCACCUCAAAACUGCGGUUGACUUGCGAGCAUAUGAAAAUGACUUGAGUGAUAAGGAGGACAUGCUUGCUGCUGUGGCGAUACUUUGCAUAUAUGAACUUAUGGAUGCACCUGAUACUGCCUGGAGAGCACAUCUGAAAGCUUUGCCGCUUUUUGACCCCAAAUCGGAUCCUUUCGCUGCCCCGUCACCAGUAGUAAUCCCUCGGACGGCAAUCCAAGGCCCCAUCUUUUGGAGUCUGGCAAGGCAAGACCUGUUGUGCGCGUUUAUCAGCGAAACACAGACUCGCCUUGAUCUAAAAGACAUGCGCCUAUGGCAGAAUGCAGGUCUCGCUACAAACGAAAACGGCUCUCUGAUGCCAUUUAGCCCUCCCGGCUCAGCAGACGUUCGCACCUCGGCCGAUAUUGAGGAAGACACCAGGAGCAACGAGCUAACCUGGCUUCUGGGCAAAAUAUCUAAUUACCUUACUUCUGGGGAUGCCAUCAACCCCACGGACUACGCUCUACCUCAUGGACAGCGUCCUCCAGUCGGAGUUACCCAGGAGCGACUUCUUGAGCGAUGGAAAUUGUUAAUGGCAGAGUUGCAAAAAUGGUAUCAUAGUCUCCCCUCGACCUUUCAACCGAGUGCCAGGACGGCAUAUUCAGGAGGUGAGGAGAUAUGCUUCACCAACUUUGAGCAAAUAUGGUACGAGUUACCAAUCUGCGCCGCAACAAUGCAAAACUACCACAUGGCUAUGAUCCUCCUCCUGGUCAACAGACCCCAAGAGUCAACAGCCAUACGUUCCACAGUUUCCGCCCGUCUCAACUCUUACCGGCAGAUCCAAACCAAAGUACACGACCAUGCGAGAGAGAUAUGUGGUAUCAGCCUGGCUAAUCCCACGGAUCCGAUGAGGAUUAAUUCUGUGCAGGCGCUGUUUGUCGCGGGGCAAGUGUUUUUUGAGAGGUGUGAACAGGAGGCUGUUUUGAAGCUGCUAGAAGGGAUACAGAGGGAUCUUGGAUGGACCACUAGCUUUCACACGGCCAAGCUUGUUGAUGAAUGGCCAAAGGGAUAG